GCUGCGUGAGGCGAGGCCGGGGCAGGGCUGGGUGGGGGCGGCCGGCUGGCUGGCGGUGGCCCGGGCGAGAUUUUGCUGCUCUCCAGCGGCUUUGGCUGGAGCCUCAUCCGGCAGAGCCUCUCCCCUCUUGCCCGCGGACCAUGUUAACGGCAGGAUGAAGCUGGAGGCUGUCGUGGAGCAGCUGCAGAAGCAGCAGCAGCAGCAGCCAGCCCCUCUGCAGAUGGAUUCCAGGGAAAGGCAGCAGAGGCAGAUGAGGGAAGCCCAGCUGCAUUACGGCCACCAGCAGCUGACGGCCCAGCAAGCGGCUCUGUCGGCCGCCUCCGGCAAGCCUUCUGGGGGCACGGCCCACGCUCCUCCGGCCAGAGUCCCGCCCGUGUUUGGGACAGCCCGAACGUUUGAUCAGAGCAGCACGAACUCGGAGGAGGAGGAGGAGGAGGAGGAGGAGGAAGGCGAAGAGGACUUGGAAGACGGGGACCCAGAGGACAAUGCCGUGCUGCACAGCAAAGAGGCAUGCUCCGCUCUGAAGUACUUUCAGGCACCCAAAGUUGCCCCCCACAACCAAAGAGUGGCUUCCUCCUCUAACCCCCUACCGGCCAUAGGGGCUCAGCGAGGACAGCAGGGAAAGGAAGAGCAGGGUAAAGAUGCUACGCACCCUCUGUAUCCUGGCUCCUCAUCAGGGAGGCAGAUGUGGAGGUUGGAUGAGCAGCUCAAGCAGAACGGGAACCUGAGCUGGAACGAAGAAGCAGACAGCAGCAGAGGAAGAGAGGUGUCUCGAGACUUUGCCAAGUUGUACGAACUUGACGGCGACCCUGAGCGGAAGAAAUUCUUGGAUGACCUCUUCAUUUUCAUGCAGAAAAGGGGAACACCAAUCAACCGUAUCCCUAUCAUGGCGAAGCAAAUCUUGGAUCUCUACAUGCUGUACAAGCUGGUGACCGAGAAGGGCGGGCUGGUGGAAAUCAUCAACAAGAAGAUCUGGCGGGAGAUCACCAAAGGCCUUAACCUCCCCACCUCCAUCACCAGUGCCGCGUUUACUCUUCGCACACAGUAUAUGAAGUACCUCUAUGCCUACGAAUGUGAGAAGAAGUCCUUAAGCUCCCCGGCGGAGCUGCAGGCUGCCAUCGAUGGCAACAGGCGGGAAGGCCGCCGGCCCAGCUACAGCUCCUCCUUGUUCAGUUAUUCCCCUGCCGCCACAGGGGGUCCACCUUCGCUCCUGUGCCCUCCCAAGAUGCGCUUCCCCGUCGUCAGCCUCGCUCCUAGUGGUGGAACCAGCAACCCUCAUGUCUCUCCGGCAGCAGCUCUCAGGAAAGGCGAUGGCAUCCCUGUGACCGUGUCCACGCCAAAUCGUGUUGCCAUGCCUGUGACCUUGGCGAACCAACAGGCCACCGUAGCAGCCCGGACGGCCACUCUGGAGCAGCUGAGGGAGCGCCUGGAAUCUGGAGAGCCCCCUGAGAAGGUCUCGCGGAUGACGGAAGAGGAGCAGCGGUUCGUCCAGCAGGCCUUCCAACGUAACCUGUUCAGCAUGGCGCGGCAGCUGCCCAUGAAGAUCAAAAUCAACGGCCGAGAAGAUAAAUCAGAUUCGGCAGCAGCGGCAGCGUUGAAUUGGACCCCAUCUGGCUUCGGAAGCAUCAACAUGUCAGUGGAAAUCAAUGGCACAAUCUAUGCUGGAGUGCUGUUUGCGCAGAAGCCGGUCGUCCACCUGAUAGCCGGAUCCAGCACACAGAGUACCGGUGGCGGGAGCAGCAGCAGCUCCCACUGCUCCCCCAGCCCCACCUCCUCCAGGGGCACGCCCAAUGUGGAGCCCUCAACCAGCUGGUCUCUCUGAGCAGGCUCCGGCCUCGGAGGGUCUCCUGGAAGCCUGAAAGGAGCCGGCCGAGUUUUCUUUCUUCUUCUUCUUUUAAACCUCAUCUUGAGGGCAACCCGCUUUUGUGAUCGGCUGAUGGCAGAGAACGGGCGACUCCGUGCCGGCCGAGUUCCCGUCGGGACGGUUCUUGCUGUCUCUCCUUAGCCUUUCUUCAGGUUCUUGCUGUGUCCCUGAUGGGGAGGGGGGGGGGUUAAAGGGUGGCGAAGGGGACACAGGGCGUGUUUCAAUCAGGGAUCCUCUUGAGGGGCCGUGCAUUUUUGUAGAUGACUGAGUAUCGCCAUGGUAGCAGAAGGCUGGAGGGGGAUCAGAGCAGCCCCUUCCCCAAAUCAGAAGCCCAAAGGAGUGUGUGUGUGUGUUUUAAAUUUUAAUAUGGCUGCAGUGUAAUGACAAUCCUUACCCCCGAGGCGGUGGGGGCAACACGGCUGUUCUCUCUCUCCUACCCCCGUGGACUCCUCUUCGCAGCUUGGCCACGCACGUUCGCACGCUCGGUCCCCUCCCUGACCCUUCUGUGCACUGCUGGUGCGCGAGUCUCGCCUUUUCCUUCCCUCGUGCUCGUUGCUUGCCCAGGCUUCUCUUUACCCUGCCCUUCCUUCCUCAAACUGAGCCUUCUACCUUCCUCUGGAGGGCAUCGAUGCCUCGAGAAAGACUUCGCUGCUGCUCUAUCUGCAGCCAGACUUUGGGGGGCCAGGGUGGGAGCCUGCGCUGGCCCUUUUCCAUGGCAGAAAAUUUCACACGUUCCCGCGAAAGCUCCCCUGCUGCCCAACGGGGCCUCCCUCUUCAUGGUCAGCUGUGAAAUUCCUUUGCAGGGCUACCGGGACCUUUUCUUCCCUUGCCUGCCAAAUAUCUCAGAGUGAGGGUGGCUUGAUUUGGGGGGGGGGGGGCGUCGUCGUGUGCGACAUGCAGCUCUCGCCCUGCCUUGGAAUGCCUCCAGGCCACGCACUGCCUGUGUUUGCUUCCUGGCCUCACGCUCUCGGGCUUGUAGCACGGCCCCUUCCGAAAGCCUAAGGAGACCCAGGUGGUCUCAGUUGUGUGUGUGGGUUUUUCUUUUUUUAUCCCAUGCCUAUCCCCGAGGGACUUGGGAAGAGCAUGUGUGGCCCUCACUUCCUCUUAUCGCCUCUGAGAGGGGUACCCAAGGCCAAGUUUCAUGGGCAGGGGUGGUAUUUCAACCUCUCCCCCGCCCCUAAUCUGAUGCACUCUAGUCACUGCACCACACUGACUCCACAUAGUAUUUGCAGAGGGAAGCUGACCGCUCCCUGAGCACAAUGAGAUAUCGCCCCCGUGUAGCUGCAUUGCAGCUCCACAAGCCCCCCCACCCCUACCCCGGCCCAUGCUUCUGAGCUCCCUCCUUCCCUUCAAAAUCCUCAUAAGGGACACGGGAAGCGUCUUGGAUGCUGCAACAUCCAACGUUCCUCCUCCUCCUCCUCUUGCUCCCUUUCCCUUGCCUCUUGCCACACACAGUUUCCUGCCUCUCGCUUGCCCCCAGACCCAAUUCUGCUCGUUCUGUGCUGUGUUCUCCCCAUCAGCCCCUCCCUCCCUCCCCACCACCUGGUUCCCUUGCCAGAGAGAUCAGCCUCCCUCUCUCCUACCCUGGCAAUCUCGGUCAUCCUGCAGAUGUGCAGCAGCGUCUCCUGAGCAGAUAAAAAUACCUCAGAAAUAUGUACUUAAUUGCUGUGUGUGCGUGUGUGUGUAUAUUUUUUUUUCCUUUUCUCUCUCAAUUCUGGAAGGAUCCACAUAUGUUAAAGCUUCUUUUUAUAUGUCUCGUUGACUGCGUUAAUUUUUUUUUUAAUGUAUCGUAGCACCAAAGACACACCCAUCCCCGUCACCCCACCCCAGAUGGAACCCCUGAGUGGGAAAGAUCAGGCGGCUUUUUAAGGUGUCCCAGGAAAAGGGCUGCAAGUGGUGACGGCCGCCGGUGGAUUUCUCAGGCAGGCUCGUCUUGUGCUUGAUUUAAAAAAUAAUGGAGGGGGGUGUUAAAGAGUUUUUGGAAUAUCCCAGCUGAGGGGAAUCCUGAUGCUUAAGCGCUGGCUGGCCUCUGCUGUUCCUCUGGUAUUUUUAAUGCUAAGGUAAAAGAUAGUCCAGGCCUGUCCACU